GCCCGUAGUGACGAUAUUACAGACGCUACGGUGAAGUUAGUUGGCGGUAGUUUGAAAAAGAGAACGCGCUUUUCUCAGUUGUGAUAAUGUCGAUGUUGAGUGCUUUUGGCAAACUCCCGACGCUUAAUUCUACGACCAUUUUGUUGGUGGGAACAAAUGAUGUUUUCCAGCAACAACUAGCAGAAACUAUUCUUAAGGAAAAACAAGAUUUGAAAAUAAAUAUCCAUUUGGCAGCCUCUCUUCCUCUACCUGUGGAGAGAGACCACAUUCGACCAAGGAUUGAUUUGAUUGUCUUUAUGAUUAACGUGCAAAGCAAAUACAGUUUUGAGGAUAUAGAAGCUUCCCUGAGACAUGUAGAUGCAAACUUUUUCCUUGGAAAAGUGUGCCUUCUGGUUACUGGUGUAGGUAGAAUGAAUCAAAUCAGUGUGGAUAUGGAUGCUGUCUGGAAGCUAGCAGAUCAUUACUGUAGCCCUGUCUUGUUCUGUGAGCUUGAAUGUGAAAAGGUCAGAACUGUCACAGCUCAGAGACUUCUCCGGAUGUUACAAAUAUGCGCUGGUCAUGUAUCGGGAAUGUCUUCCCUCUCUUUCAGUUCUUUAAUGAAAAUCUCCAUUGAUGACUCAAAUUGUAUGGCAUAAAACAUUAUUUUAUUUUCCAGUUUUAUUAUCUGUGAUUUCUGAGUGUACUGAAUUGUUCUUUUUUAUCAUAAACAUCACUCUGUCAGAAAUAAAUCUUAUGUACUAUUUUUCAUGUGGGACAGGAGCUGGUGAAAUAGACCUUAGAUAUCUUAAAGAAGCCAAAUUGCCCUGGAGUUGUCAGGCUAAUUUGGAGUUGGGGUUGUCUUAGUUGGGCAUCUUACGUUCCAAUAUAAGUUUGGCCUAAUUGAAGUGCUAUGAUAUCCCAUUCUCAGAACCUAGUUCUCAGGAAUUAAGGAAGUCGUUAAAAUGGUUGGCAUAUAGGCCCAGGUAUAAAAUGCAAUGCAAACUGUUGUGUUUCCAGAAUGAAUUGCUAGAGCAAGUUUCUUAAUUCCAGCUAGGUACUGAUAAAUAUCUCCAGUGUCUUCAGGAUCUUCAUGAAGAAAAGAGUCUUUCUCACAGGUUUGUACAUCAAGCAAAAUGGAAGCCCUGCAAUCUUUAUCAAUAUGCAUUAUUCUAUAAAGCAGAACCUCAAUGACAUUGGGCAAAAAAAGAGCAGCUGGCCUUUAGGAUAAUUAGAGAUACAUAUCCAAUCAAACUAAACUAUAUUUUCAUAAUAGCAAAAGAGUAUCGGAAAAUCAGAGGAUUUAGCAUCAAGAUGAACUUUCGUUGGAAAAGGGCUGCAGAUAGCACAUUUUUUUGUAUGGAAAACAAGUUUUUUUCAGAAGAGUUUAGCUUUUCUAUUCUUGAAAUUAAUUACUGGAUCUGUAAUUGUAGAUAGCUUUAGAAGUAUUUGGCCUUAGUUGUGUUAAAUGUCUUGCGUUUGUUAUUAAAACAAGAUAUUCUACUUGUAACAUAGUCUGUUGUGUAUUAAAGGGUCAACCUUCUAGCCUGUAAUCCUGCACAUCUGAAUGUGGAAACAUUGUAAUAAUACCAUGUGACCAAAUAAACAGAUUGUAUACCUUA